GAUUGCCCCUUGGGCCUGUCCUCUCCACUCCAACACAAAAGCCCCUCCUCCGUCUCUCUCCCUCUCACUCGAACAAAGUCACUGGAACCGUCAAACAGAGAGAGCACACAAGGAAAGGAAGGGAAGAGAGAUCGAAGCCGCAGAAAAUGGACGGGAAGUCGAAUCCUGGGGUGCCGUACGAUGGGAUGACCGACACGUGGGUGAAGAAGCACCGUCUGAUCUACAUAGGAGCCACUCGACACCCUUUUAUCCUCAGCAUUCGUGAUGGCACCGUCGAUCUUUCCGCCUUCAAACGAUGGCUGGGGCAAGACUACAUAUUUGUUAGGGCGUUUGUGCCUUUUGUAGCGAGUGUGCUGAUAAAGGCUUAUAAGAAAGGUGAUGAGAGUAGUGGUGAUAUGGAAGUGAUAUUGAGUGGUUUGGGUUCUCUGAAUGAUGAGAUUGCAUGGUUCAAGCAAGAGGCUUCCAAAUGGGGUGUUGACCUCUCUCAAGUUGCCCCUGAAAAACCAACACAAGAUUACUGCGGAUUUCUAGAGGAAUUAAUGAGGCCAGAGGUUGAUUAUACUGUGGCCAUGGCAGCCUUUUGGGCCAUUGAAGCUGUGUACCAAGAGAGCUUUGCCCAUUGCCUGGAAGAGGGGUCCAAAACCCCAAUAGAGCUACAAGAGGCUUGCCAGAGAUGGGGCAAUGAUGGGUUUGGUCGCUACUGCUCUUCUCUACGAAACAUAGCUGACCGGCAGUUGGAGAAGGCGGCUUCAGGCAGCGUGCCUCUGGUGAAGGUUUCGGAAGAUGCAGUGAGCAAAGCUGAAGUAACAUUCCUGCGUGUGCUUGAAUAUGAGGUUGAUUUCUGGAACAUGAGCUGCGGAACAGAUGGACACUCUGCUCCAAAACCCUAAGAGUGGAAGCAGGUAUUAAUCCUCCUGCACCAGUUCCCAAUCGAUGUUAUAAUACUUACCCUCAUCAUGCAGCAGCUUCUGUUCCUGGCCGUCCAUUAUAUGGAUUUCAUGAUCAAUAUCACUCUCCAUCUCCUGCACUCUAUGGUUAUCUAUCAAAGCAUGCUCCUACUGUCUAUAACUACACAAUGUCACAGCGCCCUCCUGAACAUGAUGCUGUGCCUAAAA